AUGAGAGAUAGGGUCAUUAAGGGUAUAUUGAGAGUUAUGGCUCUGCUUGUGAUAUUAGGGAGUGCUUGGCUGAUGUCUCUGACUUCAGCUCUAAAUUUUAGGUUCUUGAAUGUAGAUAGUGGGUUGGUAGCCGCUACUUUGGAUCACGAUUUGGAAAUACAGGAUCGUGAGGCAAGCAACGAUGAGCUGCCCAAUUUAUACCCGGCAGAAGUGGACGCCCUGCAUGCCUUUUUGAUUAGUCCAACGAUUGUUCAUUACAGUGAAAGCCAGUCCGAUCCACAAUUUGGAGAAGACAGGUCCUGGUACGUUAUACAGUAUAAUGAGCGUGGCAUUUCGAUUAAAAUCUACCGGCAAUGUUUGUACAUUGACUUUGCGGCUCCAUUUUGCUUUAACGUGGCCUCAUACAUCUACACACUGCUUCAUCAAGUGCGCGUCAUCCAAGGCCAGCGCUUUGUGCUAAAGAACAUUGAUUUGGACCACUUUGUUGCUUUCAAUGCCUUGGCGCGUUUUAUAGUACUCUUAAACUGCGAAGGACUAGUCAUAUAUGCCAAGAAGUCGAGCUGGCCAUCGGAUAGCUUUCUAAUGCAUUGCCGAGAGGAUGUGAUCUUUAACCUAGUGAAGCAUGACACUAAGCGGGUCUACCGGCCAUAUAUUGAAAAGGUAACAGUCAGCAACAUGGAUGAAAAUGCAUUCAGAUGUUUAAUAGAGAUCUUUAGAGAGAAGAUAAUUGGCUGGCUCUAUCUUGACAACUGUCCUAUUCAGCACAUCGACUAUCUUGACAAGAUCUAUUUUACCGAACUAUACCGCCUAACUCUUAUUCUGGCGCCAGAAACAACGGAUGUGGUGUUGCACAAGCUAGCUUAUUUGCCAUACAACUGCCAGCACCUCACUAUUCUCUUUAGCCGGCUGAAUAAGCAGGAGAAACCGCCCCACAUAACUGGAUUGUUUGAGCUUUUGAACAGAAAGCCAACCAUAGUUGAUAUUGACUACGGUAUUUUAAGAGACUACUCUGACAGCCUGGUGGCACGCAAGAUUGUGAAGGUUUGGCAGCUGUGUGUGCAUUGGAGUUUUAUAAGGGCAGAGCCACUUGCUCCUGCGCGCCAGACCCAAUGGAUUCAGGCGGAGAAUGUUAUUGUGUUUGCUGCCAAGACAACAUCCUGCUACUCAGAUGGCCAGCUGUUGCACAAUGCUCUGGCUGAAAUGUCGUUUUUAGACUUGGCUGUGGAGCCAGUGAUCAGUCGUUUUUUCCCGGGAACAACCUGCCUUUUACAUCGCCAAGAGACGUUGCAACUGUUCCGAGAAAUAUGCACAAACGUUGAAUACUCGGAUUCCUUUACUUCAUCUCCCAAGCACAGUUCUCUUCUACACCUUCCCGGCCUGCGCCUCAAAAUAGACACGGAUCAGCAUAGUCGCAUAUUAGAUCGACUCAAUGAAUUCAGCCAAAAGCACUCUGUGUUCUGCCAGUCACUAACUUACCAGCAACUUGACGUGUUUUCCGGCCAAAAACAAGUGACUAGUAUAUCCUUUAUAGCACAGCUGCUCUCUUGGUUUGGAGCCUUGUUAUUUAAAGGCGUCCAUUUCGAGAACAUUGACUUUGGCCAAACUCCAGAUCUGGCCUUGUCCCAGCCUUAUGAGUCUAAGAGGCUGGAUAGUGUGCCUUCAGAAAGUUGGGCCUUUAUGCGAUCCCUGUCUUUUAGUGGAGUUAUGGCCGAGGCUAUAGCUCUAAUCGUGGCUUUGUUCAAAUUUGGCCAGCAUAUUGUCAUUCUGAUUGAGAACUGCCAGCUAUCCACUCUAGCUUUCCUGGAGGUUUAUCAAACCGAAGCCCACCAAGCGCUAGUUUGCGUUAAGAUUAAUUCCACAACCACUAAUGCCGAUAGUUUCUUCCUAAACCCGACAGUUUCUGCAAUAAUAGCUAAUUAUAAGCCAUGUCUGAGCCUUAGCCCCAAAUCCCAAGCAUCAAUUUAUUCUAUAACGUGCACGCCAGAAUCGGUCUAA